GAGAGACAAGGGAAAGAGAGGCAGGAAUAAAGGGAAAAACUCUGCUUCUUGUCGGUGUCUGUAAAACAGAGCAAAGGUCGAGAGACGCUACAACAUAUUUUAUUAAAGGUAUUCCUUCUUGAAGCCUCAACCUCUGACCACCACCUGUUUUUGGCAUGGAUUAGCCUUUUAAAAUCUAAUAACUGUCUUAAUAGGUAUUUAUAGUUCCUAACAUCACCUUUCUCCCUAAAUUGCCCUUUACACUAAAUCUCAGAGUAGUUGUGACCCAGGUCCACCCCCCCACACACUUCACUGCAGGCCUUCCUGAGCCCUGAGCACCAGCAGCUGCGUCCUGCCUCAACUUCCUGUCCUUGGUUGUGCAAGGCUAAGCCUGUCCUUUCCCCCACACCCAAAACUCACACAUAAGCAUCUUCCUGGCACACUGCGGGACGACGGCACCUCAGAUCCUGUUUCCCGGUGUAGCCCAGCACUAUGACCUCCAUGUCCAGCCUGUUCUCCUUCACCAGCCCGGCAGUGAAGCGGUUGCUGGGCUGGAAGCAGGGCGAUGAGGAGGAAAAAUGGGCAGAGAAGGCCGUGGAUGCCCUGGUAAAAAAACUGAAGAAAAAGAAAGGUGCCAUGGAAGACCUGGAGAAGGCGCUCAGCAGUCCUGGGCAGCCCAGCAAAUGUGUGACCAUCCCCCGCUCGCUGGACGGACGGCUACAGGUGUCCCACAGGAAAGGCCUUCCCCACGUCAUCUAUUGCCGCGUGUGGCGCUGGCCUGACCUGCAGUCCCAUCACGAGCUCAAACCCCUGGAGGUGUGCGAGUAUCCGUUCGGGUCCAAGCAGAAAGAAGUGUGCAUCAACCCCUAUCAUUACAAACGUGUUGAAAGUCCAGUACUCCCCCCGGUUUUGGUGCCACGACACAGCGAGUUCAACCCUCAACACAGCCUGCUGGUACAGUUUCGCAACCUGAGUCACAAUGAGCCUCAUAUGCCUCUCAACGCCACCUUCCCAGAAUCCUUCCAGCAGCACAGCGGAGGGAGCUCCUUCCCCAUCUCUCCAAAUUCACCCUAUCCUCCAUCUCCUGCCAGCAGUGGCACCUACCCCAACUCUCCUGCCAGCUCUGGGCCAUCCAGCCCCUUUCAGCUCCCAGCUGAUACCCCUCCUCCAGCUUACAUGCCUCCAGAUGAGCAGAUUGGACAGGAUGGGUCUCAGUCCAUGGAGACUGGCAACAGCAGCAGCAUGGUGCCUAGAGAUGUGCAGCCAGUGGAGUAUGCCGAGCCCAGUCACUGGUGCUCUAUUGUGUAUUAUGAGCUAAAUAACCGUGUGGGUGAGGCGUACCACGCUUCCUCCACAAGCGUGCUGGUCGACGGCUUCACUGACCCAUCCAACAACAAGAAUCGUUUCUGUCUGGGCCUGCUUUCGAACGUCAAUCGCAACUCCACUAUUGAAAACACUCGACGCCAUAUUGGCAAAGGUGUCCACCUGUAUUAUGUCGGAGGUGAAGUGUAUGCAGAGUGUCUGAGUGACACUAGCAUUUUCGUUCAGAGUCGAAACUGCAACUACCACCAUGGGUUCCACCCCACAACUGUCUGCAAAAUCCCUAGCGGCUGCAGCCUAAAGAUCUUCAACAACCAAGAAUUUGCUCAGCUGCUUGCUCAGUCGGUCAACCACGGUUUUGAGGCCGUCUACGAGCUUACAAAGAUGUGCACCAUUCGCAUGAGCUUUGUAAAGGGCUGGGGGGCUGAGUAUCACCGACAAGAUGUUACAAGCACCCCUUGCUGGAUAGAAGUGCAUCUACAUGGCCCCCUCCAAUGGCUGGAUAAAGUUCUAACACAAAUGGGUUCUCCUCUGGACCCCAUCACUUCUGUCUCGUAAUGAUGGGCCCCCUCUGGGGUGGGAGGAAUUUUUGAGUAUUUUUUUUUUCUAAAUUUUUCUUCACUUUUGACAGUAAAGGAGGUCUUAAGGGCUGAACUGUGUUUACACUAUCUGCAGAAGGGUUACAGAUCCUAACGCAGUCAAAAGAGAAGAAUGAACUGGGGCUACAAGCACACCUAACAGAGGAAAAUUCUAGGCAGUGACACACAAUGGACUAACUACUGCUUUAGCAAUUGCCUUCAUUUUAUUUCCUUUUUGCAUUACAAUUGUUUUAAAAUUACUGAUUUCGCUAACUGUAUGUAAUCUAGUAGAUGAAAUUGACAUGCUUUCAUGUAUCUACUUCACUUUACGCAAUUGAAAACGCAAUUUCCUAGUUCUAUGAAGAUCUCUUUUAUUUGCUAUGUUGUCUAAUCCCAAUUAUUGGCAAGACAUACUUUUCUUUAUACGUUUACUGUUUAGACUCAAAGCUCAUUACAAAUGUUUCCUUUUUAUAGCUUCUGAUGCCUCAAGGCAAAACACAAAACGUUACUGCUUUUAAAUAAAGUUCUUUUAUCUGAUAACUUCAUGGUCAUUUAACAUGUCUUUCUGGCUUGGCAGCAACAUUUCACAAUCUGACAAAUAAAAGCUGGCACUAUCUUAGAGUACACAUCGAGUCAUCAGAGUUCAAAACCGUUUAAACACAGUCUUGCAUGAUUCAUGUUAGCGUGUUACCGUUGAAUUGCACAGCUGUGUUGACUAGUCCUUGUGUGUCCUUGUGCAUGUGUGUUCAAUUUCUCUUAUUAUGCAAGCCCAGAGAUGCAUGUUUGCAAGUCUAUAAUACAGAAAAUUAAUUUUGUAAGAAGUUGCUACAGAUAUGGUGGGAUUGUGCUUCAGUUAGAGGUGAAUCAAAUUUGCCUAUUUUAAAAACAAAUUUUUUUACAGUUGAAUCUUAAAGGGGUAGUUCCCAAAAUUAAAAUUAUGUCAUAAUUUAAUCACCCUCAGGUUGCUACAGACCUGUUACAUUCUGCCGAACACAAAGGAAGAUAUUCGUAAUCGAGCAAAAAACAGGAGCACAAUUGACUUGUAUAGAAGAAAAACAAAUACAACCUCAAAAAUAUCUCAAAUUUGUUCAAAAUAUCUUUCUUUGUGUUCAGCAGAACAAAGAAGUUUAUACAUGCCUGUAACAUCUUCAGGGUAAAUGAUUUUUGGGUGAACUAUCUCUUUAAGACCACAUUGUCUGUAGUUUGGGUCCCCCUGCUGGGGAUUUAAGGCAUGAUUUUGGAAUUGGUAAUUUCAAAUUUAAAAAAAAUGCUCAAAAUUAAGUUUCUUAUGCAAAUUUGUCUGAUAAAAACUGCUGGACAACUAUUUGUCUUAUGAAUGACAGUCAACAAGUGUUAUAUAAGUUUUAUAUAAUUUAAGAGGUAUGGGACUACCAGAAGCAAAUCUGGUAUUAUUUAGCAAUUUCAUAGUACAGUAACAUUUAAUUUUAUACCGCAUUUUUUUUUAUUAGGUGAAGGUUACAAGCCAUAAUACUUUUAGAUUGUUUAUCUAAAAUUACUACGUUUUACUGACUAAUUGUGCUUAAUACAUAUGGGGUUCCUUGUUUUGUGAAUUUAUAAAAUGAGUGUUAAUUCAAUAUGUAGCAGUAACUGUAGUAUUUUGGCGGAAACUAUGCUUUUCCAUGAUAAAUCUUGUAAGGGGAAUAUUUUAAAGCGGACAUAUCAUGAAAAUCUGACCUUUUCCAUGUUUAAGUGCUAUAAUUGGGUCCCCAGUGCUUCUAUCAACUUAAAAAAUGUAAAAAAAUAAA